CCUGUUUUAUGUCUUAUACACCAGCUUACAUUGAAAAGUGAGCGCAAAAGAUGAAGAAUCUGUCUUUGAUUAUGAUAAUUAGGAUAUAGUAGCCUCAUCUUUCUACAACUAGGUUUACUGUGCUAAUCAUGUAAUUGGGGUUAACCAUCUAAAAUAAGUAAUCCACCAAACAAUUUAAACAUGGUUUUAUAUCUAAGGUGUACGGUUGUGAGAACAAAUUAUUACUUACACAUGAAGGCAAUUAGUAGGUAUUGAUGAAAGGCCAUCAUUCAUAAUAAUGCGGAGGCACUGUAAUGGAAACAAUAUCAACCAAUUCAAGAAUUACAUUUACAUUAGUUGAAACCACUCCUAAUAAUCAUCAAGCAAGUCUCCACCGACCGCCAUGGCGGUCCGGCGACCAUCAUCCAACCAUGUCCAGCUUCCUUCCACAGCGCACAUUCAGAGAAAUUGCUGAUGCCGGAGACUUUAAACCAGCGGGCAAAUUUAAAGGCCAACCUGCCAUCUCCUUCCUAGACGCGGAUGAUUUCCUGAGAUGCUUGUUGCGAAAAUAUUGGAAGAUUAAUGGAUUCUCUUUGAAAGUUUUCCGAUGGACUCAUGAUUUCGACCCUAAUGCCGAUUCCCCACUAAUUCCAGUUUGGAUAGGCCUUGAAGGUUUGCCUAUACAUCUAUUUGAUUCUCUUGCUUUAUUCUCAAUUGGGAACCUGCUUGGUAAACCCCUGAAAACUGAUUCAGCAACAGCAACUCUUUCGAGGCCCUCUGUUGCCCGAAUAUGUGUUGAGAUAGAUACCAGCAAAGAACUGCCUCGAAGUGUUUGGAUUCACCUGGGAGAACUCACCUUCCUACAGCCAAUAACUUAUGAAGAUCUUCCAGACUAUUGCCCCUCAUGCAAAUCUUUUGGCCACAAAAACUGUAAGAGAAAGAAUGAGAACUCUAGAUGGGUUAAAACAGAAGGCAUUAAAACAGAAGGGGUUUCUAGAACUGGAAUUGCUGCUCCUAAGCCUGGAGUGACCCCAACUACAAUAGAGGCUGUUUUGCAAACAACCCAGGGUGAGGAUGCAACCAUGUCUAUUUCUGCUGCCGAAACAACAGUCUCAAAUGGGGCUGCUCCUCCGAGAGUUGACGUGGCAACUAGUCUAACCCUUGCUAAUGUGAGGGACUCUACAGCUCAUGAACCCCCUUCAAUUUCUAAUGAUCUUGAAGCAACCCCUAGUGGCAGCUCCCCAGCAACAAACCUCAGGACUGAUCUAGACCCUAUCGUCUGUGAAGACACAGAUUGUGUUGAGAAAGAUGCUGAAGCAACUCUUACUCAAAGUUGUACAGCAGCUCAUCAUAAUGUUAAGAUAGCUUCAGAUGUUUGUGAAGUUAUUCCUACUGCCAAUUGUCCAGCAACUUGUGGUAUUAGUGAGGUAAUAUUGGCGACUCCUACCAAUGUCCAAGAUGAUACCCUUAUACUGGAACCCGAUUCUCCUUUACUUUUUAACAAUGAACUCAGUUGUGGUACACACAAUCUGUCUUCCAGGGCAGCAUUGGAAGGCACACAGACUGUUGACACUGAAAAUAAGGAAGAGUACAUUCCUGACCCUUCUCAAAUCAACUUAAUUGAAUUUCCAGUCCUCACAAAAGAAUUGUUGGAAGCUAUUAGUGGUGCACACACUCUUUCUCUUGAGAAAGAGAUGGAAGGCGCACUAAGUCUUUCAUCUACAGGAAAUGCUGAGAUUCCUUCUGAUCCUAUGGAAAACAAAAACCCCCCUCCACUGUUGACCAACGAUGCAGGUAUCAACCCAUCAACAAUAGGACCGGUCCUUCAAUCCUUUGAGAUCGACGGACAAGAAUAUGAAAUUAGGUCCUACAUUGAAGAAGGGGGGACAUCACAACAAAGGGAGGAAACCAAUGACUUUCAAGAUGUCCAAAAUAGACGUACCAAAAAAGCAGGCAAGAGGCCAAAUGCACCAAGAACAAUCAAAACUAGAAGCUACGACCCAAACCUCGAAGUCGGGACGGUUAGUGAGAUCACCAGAUACUGGCCUAGCCAAAAAUCAACAACUUUGGAAAAAAUUAUCACUAUCAAAAGUUACUCCGGGCCCUUUUGGUAUGUCGGCCCCGUCGGUCCUAUUGGAAACGAUGGGAAGAGGCCAAAGAAAAAUAUUUUGGACUCAACAGUCAACACCACCCUUGAAACCCUAGCUCGCUGGUUCAAUGCCUAGUGAAGCAAACCGGGGCUAUAUGUCAUAUCCUAUUGCAAUAAUGAAAAAUGACGUUUGGAUUAUGCAUUCUCCUAGGUUGAUAAUAAUUUCUAGGUUUCUAU